CCACUAGAAUUACUGCCAGUCCACUUUUUGCAUGUUUUAAGAGUAUAUAAAACGUGCAGAACUACUUACAGACGAUGACUAAAGGACUAGUAAGGAUCAAACCCAGCUUUUCCCAGACCCAGCGUCACAGUUUGUGAUUUUUCUUUUCAGCACUCUUUCACUGAAAGAAUGUGUAAAGUGCGCAUGUGCACUGAAUAUAUCUGAAAGUCACUGGUUAGCAGUACUAUAACACAAUAAAUCAUUAAAUAAUAAAGAUGCAGCCAGUAUCUUAAAGCUCAACAUAUACAAAUACCGUAAUAGUAAAAUCCAUGCUGUAUUUUUGUUUGUUUAACAGAGAAAUAGCACAAACUUCAUCAAAUUCAUUGUUGUGUUUGUACACUGUAGGACCAGAAUGUGGAUAUUUAUUUUUAUGAUGGAGCUUUGGUGUUUUAGCCACAUCCUAAGGGAAAAAGAAUCAAAUAUAUAAUAUAAAUUAUAUGCUUCCAAAUUUGUAGCAACAGUUUUGGGCAGGCCGUUUUCUAUUCCAAGAGGCCAGGGCAUGACUGUACUCUUGUGCACUAAGCAAGGAAUGUUAAGACAUUGAAAGUUUGGUUUUGGGGAACUACGGUGCACUGUUAAAUCAUUCAAGAUAAAAUGGAUCAACUACAAACAAGGAUUUUCACACCCCUGUUUUAUCCACAACAACUGUAAUGAUAAACCAUAAAGUCACUGAUUUUCUCUCACUAAUAGUAAAUGUGUAUCUUUCAGUAAAAUGUCUCAAGACACACAUCAUAGAAAUGCUUUAAUUUGUUCAAAUCACAUGGCUGAAUGUAGCCCACAGGCUGGAUGGAGCAGAUGUUUGCACUUGGUGAUUUCUUUGCAGCACAGAAGAAACUCAGUCUAAUCUGGUAGGAUUAACUACUGAUCAUUAAAGUUCAAGGAUUGUGAUGGCAGGGCUUUAAGCUUUAGAUGCCCAGGCUAUGGAUAGCUGCAAAACUGUUUAUAGAUUAAAAAAAAAGUAGUUCUGUUUUAUCCACUGUUUUCAUUUAUUUAUUUUUGACCUUAUUUAGAUUUUUGGUUCAUUUAAUCUAAUGCCAACUAAUUGUUUUUACAUCUUUUGCACAAUGUAGGGAAUGGCGGUAAAUGUAUACUCCACGUCUGUUACCAACGAGAACCUGAGUCGACAUGACAUGCUGGCAUGGGUUAAUGACUCUCUCCAGCUCAGCUACACCAAAAUAGAACAGUUAUGUUCGGGUGCAGCAUAUUGUCAGUUCAUGGACAUGUUAUUUCCUGGAUGCAUUUUUUUAAAAAAGGUAAAAUUUCAAGCAAAGCUAGAGCAUGAGUAUAUACACAACUUCAAAGUUCUUCAGGCAGCUUUCAAAAGGAUGGGAGUUGAUAAAAUAAUUCCAGUGGAAAAGCUUGUAAAAGGGAAGUUUCAAGACAACUUUGAAUUCGUCCAGUGGUUUAAGAAAUUCUUCGAUGCGAACUACGACGGCAAAGAGUACGAUCCUAAUCAAGCUCGACAAGGCCAAGAGAUCGCUCCUGUCCCGAAUCCAGGUGAUCACUUUUCCUACAAACCCAAGAGAACCGGUCCAGGGCCCCAAAGAACAUCGCCGACAGUACCCAAAAACAUGCCCACGCCACAGAGGGUGAUGAACACCACCAUCAAGAAGAACCCCAGUUUGGCUCGAAAUGGAGGGGGCGAUGCAGAGAUCACGGAGCUCAAUCAACAGUUAAUGGAAUUAAAAUUAACUGUAGAUGGUCUGGAGAAGGAAAGAGACUUUUACUUCAGCAAACUGCGAGACAUUGAAUUGAUCUGCCAGGAAAAUGAGUGUGAGAGCAGCCCCAUCCUCACCAAGAUAAUUAACAUCCUUUAUGCCACAGAGGAAGGAUUUGCAGCGCCAGAGGAUGAAGAAAUAAAGGAGCAGGCCCACUUGGACCAGGAUGAAUACUAAGCGCCCCCUCCCCUUCCUCCCUUUUUCCCUUGCUUUCCAUGUCCCCAUUCUCCACCACUCCCCAUUGCACGCUGUUAAUAUCUCCGACAUUACCUCUGUAACUAUGAAUGCCCUGUUCGUACUAUGUAUCUGUUUGUCUCAUUCCACUCCAAAUCAGGCACUACAUCUCAAAGUCUCAGUAACCCCCCUCAGAGAAUAGCAACAGCAGUAAUGUAUCCUAGCUGUCUUAGCAUGUUUAACAUCACAACAUGGAGAAUGAACACAACUAUCGGACACUGAGGGUAGCACAAUGGACUUACCGCAGUAAGCAAUGUUUUGAGGAAGGCUGUCUAGAAUGCAGUUAAAAGCCUUAUUAUCUGCAUAGGUUUGCAUGUCUCUCUACUUGGGUUAUUUAUAAUACACUAAUUCCACUACUGGCAUAGGGGUUUGCAGACUUGCAGACUGUUUGCAAUAAGGCUAUGCUGAAAUAUGGCAACCUGUCCAUACUAAACUACAAAUUUAAUAGCUAUUUAACUUGAAUGUAGGGAAUAACAUUCAACCUGGGUCAUAUCUACCAGCCACGAUUAUAGUUUCAUAAAUGCAGAACAUGUGAAAGUGUGGGCUAGAAAAAAUAACGCCUGUUCAGUAACACUAAGGCCAGCCUGUGGUUUGGUCUCAAUAACAGUUUAGUUUUUGGUUAAAAGUCUUUGGUAAAAACACAUAAAAUAACACAAUGUGGAGGAGGAAUAGAGCAAUCCCACACCAAGCUUAAAACAGUGUUUUAGUGUUUGGCCGAAUUCUGCACCUUCAGUGGUGUCUCACGUGAUCAGUUUAUGACCACAGACAUCAUCGCAUAACCCUUUCUGUACUCAUUUUUAAGCCGCUUUUACAGCAUUAGUAAGUAUCUCUACUUAGUGGCCACCAAACUUGCACUAUUACUGCCCUUAUUGGGACCUACAGUUGAGCUAACGAGUAACUUUGUUACAUUAUUACAUUUAGGACAAGUACUGUCAGUUCCUUUACUUUGUGUGGCUUAUUGGAAUUUAAUGAAGGAUUGAUGAAGGAAGGGGAUUUUUGGGUGUUUAUGUGACUUAGGAAUUACAGGGAUAUAAUGAAGGUUGACAAAUUAAGGAGAAAGUGACAUUUACAAUGAAAAUCUAUUAAAAACCAAACACUAGGAUGUUUCCCUUUACCAUUUAGUUGCUGCAUAUCUAUUGGGAGCAUGUGAAUGUUAUACAUGUAUAUUGAAUGAGUGCAAUAGUUGUAUUUUUUUAUUAGAGCGUUUGUUUAGUUUGAUUGUGUGUAAUAAUUCAGUACUGCUCAUUUUCACAUAAUGAAGCCUGUUUUAAAGCUGUAUUUGAUAUUAACGAGUCAAAACAGUAACACUACUGAUUGAAUGGUAUUUAUUUAAGUUUUUGCUGCUAACUUUAUUUUAAUAUUUAUUUGACAUUACUAUUGAAUAGCAUGAGCUGUGCUUUUUGUGACCAUGUGUUAAUGCCUACACGUCAUGUUAGGAGAAUGUAAAAAAGGCCCAGAUGUGAUGGAAUGCCGUCUGUUAAAAGCAUUGUGCUGCCUUUACAGUCUGAUUCAACUACCAUUUGCGUCAAGACUCUCACUCACAUUUAUUUUUGUCUACAUAAUAAUAGAACAUGAUAGUGUUUGCAUAAAUUGUUUUGCAUUUUAUUGAGUAAAUAAAAAGUUGUACAAUG